GGUGGGCGAUCAUAACCCAGCAUCCCUUGCCACUCCGCUCCUGAACCAUUCUUAACACAGUUGUAAAGGGGGUUGGCUGGCUGAUGAUAAUAAUAAUGAUGAUGCCAAAGCUUUCCCGCCAAAAUCAUGAUUGUGUUGCAAUAAAGUCAAAGCUACGCAUAGAUUGACUUUGACGCCAUAUGGAAAACCCUGACGAAGACUGUUUUAGGGAGUAUUCGAUAGAAAACUGCAAAUUCAUCACUAUGACCAAGUUUCACGUCAAAAUAUUAUGUAGUCGUUAUAUCUUGGUAUGAAAGAUGUCAGGAUUACGCAGUUCAUUAUGCUGUUGCCUCUAUUAUUUCUAUGGAUACCAUUUUUGAGUAUUGAAAGUAUUUUGGGUUAUGCAUCCUGCUAAAGUAUCCGAAUCUGAAUUAGAAUCAUCCUUGGGGAAAGGUUUGCACAGGUUUAGGCCACAAUAUGUUAGACUCGAAUGCACACCAUGGAAUCAUGCUUAUCGUAUACCUAAAGGCAAUGAAAAUGAAACAUCUCGUUACUUUUUUCUCUUUUCGUUCUUUUUAAGCUUGCUUUUGACAUUUAAAGCUAAAGUGUACAUAUCCUAACGCAGAUUACAUAAAAUUUACUUAUAAGAUGCUUAUUUUAUCAGCUUCUCCAAAAAGCAUGUUUUUUAACUUCAUUACCUUUCUGUUUAAUCAUAACUGUCCAAGAGAUUUUGUUCUAGCUCUGCUCUGAAAUGCAAAGACAGGCAAGGUCUUAGGUUUAUUUCAAUUGCAAGCUGCUCAACGGGCACUCGCACAAACAAAUCCAAGAUUCGAAAAACAUACAUUGAUAACGAGGCAAACAAAAGAUGACUCAACAGACAUCAAGUAAACACUGAUAAUGACGACUGCUCCAAAACGCCUAGUCACGCCGUGCUCACAAAUCUCCACUCUGUUUGUAGGAAAGAACAAUUGAACACCAGUUACUUGGCUGUCACAUUAAACAAUUCUGAAUGAGUGUAAUAAUUUCUGCCCUCCUUUAUGUUUUCGAUAUAAUUCUUUUAACAAUAGCAACAGUGAGGUCAGACAGCAACGUUUAUCAGUUCUGGCUAGGCCAAGCCGCGUUUGCUAAAUCCAUGCUUGAACAUAAAAUUUGAAAAAAAAGUUUUGAGCAGCGCAAUAAAAAUUAUGGAGGAUAGCAGUAAAGAAAGCAUUUGCGAUAUAUGAAAUAAUAUUUAUUGGAAGCAUAGAACAAUUUGGUUAAUUUGGAGUCACGAUAAUACUGAAGGUGGACGCUGAGAUCAUGAUUUUCGCAAGGAAUCUUAUCUUGUUGGCUAUUAAUCUAUGUUACAGCAAAGGUUACACUGAAACCAAAUUACCUGGCAACAGUAUCCAUGCUCCUUCAAGGGAGGAUAGUGCAAUGAAGACUCAGGGAUUCAUUAUCGAAUGUAACAUGCUAGAACAAUUUCACAAAGAAAAACAAAUUUCUGAAAGAGAAUACGAGAAACGGUUGAAGGCCUGCAAAGAAACUAUAUUGACAGACACAAGAACAACAGAGACAGCGACAGAUGACGACAAAGGGGGACUGAAAAUAUACUUCACCGAGGAAGAAGAAGAUAGAAACGAAAAAUACAAAUUACUCAAUGACCAUCCAAUAGGGCCAAAUGAACAAGAACAUGGUGGGCACUUGAAAAACCUUUUACUGACUUCUAUAGACGACAAACAAAUAAACAGCAGGCAUGAGCUAUAUAAAAACCCUAAGACUCCCCAGAUUAAGUUCAGGACCGAGCCGUCAUCUUCGUUGAGAAGUGUCGCUUCGCCAUUACUGGUUCAAAACUCUGUUAGAAAUAGACUUCACGAGAAAGAGGCAAAACAGAGAAAACGUAAGCGAGGCAUCAAAAGUAAUUACUCGCGGCAUGAGACUGGUCCCUAUAGAGUCAAACGCUCAAUGGUAAAUGGAGCGACAUGGUUCAAAAAAUAUCAGGCAAUCUAUAAUAACAUGCUGCAGAAACGGAGUAAAUACCAACCGAUACCGUAUGCAUUGCAACAACAGGCACCGCAACCGACCUAUUACGCGCAACAACCAGUAAAUACUGCUGACAGGGCUAACAUACCAGCCAUCCAAUACGCUUACAAUUAUGUAUACCCCUUGUACCACUUGCAUUCGGAUGAUGCAGGCUAUAAAACAAGACAUAACAUACCAAGUUACGACUUAAGAGCAAGCAGCACGCGAAUGCCAAUUCAAUUGCACAAUUCGAUACCAGCAGUUUCGUACAGUAGCACCACUGCGGCAGAAACCAAAAACUUUCAAAACAUUAUGCCAGCUGUAGCGCAGACUGGCCAGACAUCUACCAACGGUCAAAGUGUGUUUAUAAAGAAAAACGAUAUCCAGAAUAUCAACUUGCUGUAUAAAAACGUGAAUGGCAAAAGAGUAGCUAUUCCGCAGGAUAAAAUUCAAAGUAAACUAAAUGAAGUAAAGAAGGUGAUAUAUCCGGAUAAGAAAAUGAGAGAUUUUUCUACCUCCAUCCAGGAACAUGCUUUGGCACAGGAACACGAACUUCACAGGAUAGGCCUAAAAGAUGACGCAUCGUUUAUGGAGGCCAAGCCGAAUUACGACAGGAGCCCGUUGACAUUACAUGCAGUGCAGUCAUUACUCCCAAGGCCACAGGCAAGGAAUCUAAUUCCUUCAAUGCAGAAAGACGCUACUCAGAAAGCCCCCGGCAUACAUAAUUCACGGCUGGCGUUCUUGAAGGUCCCACCGACGUUUGAAAUAUCCAGCAACAAUGCCAGGGACUCACUCUUUAGCCGGGGGCAGCAGCAGCGUUCUGAGAUCGCGAGACCAGGCCCCCAAAAUAACAGGAUAAGUAGCAAAGACAUAGCGUUAAGCUUUUACACCGAGCUGCAAAGGCCACAGAUUUCAUUCCCAAAAGAUGCUUCAGACGAAAAGAAAGACGUUAUUUACAGCACAGUGAACCCAAGCAGCGACAUCGACUCUGAUGACAUCACAGCUGAAAACCUCGCAGCGAUAUUCAACGAGCUCGAUGGCGAGAUUGAUCACGUUCUAAAGGCGGACACUGCGAAGGAGAGCGUUUCUAAGAAAGACGUAAUUUCAGAGGCCAAAAGUGACGUAGAAAGACCCCAGGAUCAAAUUGAAAUGACUGUCUAUGAUGCUUCAACCGACAAGCCAAAAACUAAAGGUGUACAUUUCAUAAAAUCAUUGGAAAAUGAAAUAAACUUUGAGCAGAAAUUGGGGAUAUUUCCAGCCGAAACAGACGAUACAAAAAGAUCAAUGACAAAUUCUGAACUAAAUCAAAAAUUUAAUCUUUCGCAGUUACAUUAUGGCCUGAGAAACGGAAACACGUUUGAAUAAAGAAGUUGUGUUACCUCUGAUAUAAAGAAGUUACUUAAGGUUUACAUCAGAGAUGAAAGUUCGGAAACGCUUAUCAGGCAAAUGUGACGCUGGGUGACUUGGAUCCUUGAAAUAUGGGAUACUUUACUGGAAGACAUUGAAAACUGCGCCAUAUUCUCAACUCACAUUUGCUAUAAAAGCUGGUUUAUCUACUCAAGCAGAAACAGAAAAUAAGAUCCAGUCACCCAACCAGCAAACAAAUAAUCGAUGAACAAAUUCCUGACGCAAACCAAAUGAUAGACGCUGCAUGCUUACAAGAUUCUUAACCCAAAGCAAAAAUUGAGCGAGAGGCCGAGGCUCCUAAUGCUUCGACUUUACUGAUGCAGGCGGCAAAAACAUUAGAAGCUACCAAGAGCUGUUUAGAACUGUAUAUAAUGCUGCAAAAACUAGAAUGUAGCUGCCAAACGCUUUUUUGAAACUGUAAAUAAUUUGAAUUUUUAAGAAGUAAUAUUUACGUUGCUUAUUAGAUUCUAUUCUGGAGUUGUUCUGUGAGUCAUAGUUGAGUUUGGCGGCCUUAAGGAUGAGCAGCAUUACAUGAAGAUUUCCUUUCACUGUACAAGAGCAUGUUGGAUGCAGCCGACACGAAUCAUCCUAAAUAAGCUCAUCAAUAUAAUGCUGAAAUAUUUAAGGCUGUAAGCUUUUAUUUAGUUUAUUCAAUAUAAUCUUUUGGUGGUACAAAAAUUAAAAUGGCUUUGAAAAAAGCAAACAUUUGAGUAUCCUAAAGCUUUUCGUCUAGAAGGAACAGGCUGUUUUAUUAUAUCCUCCAAUCUCUGGGUAGUGCGUUCUACGUAGCCGGAAUCAUACAAGCACGUAAAAUCAAAGAUAACGGAACUCUUUUGGGUGGUAGGAAUGCGAUCCUUUCGAAUGGAAAGAAGGGUCUUUUUUGUACUGUAAAGAAACAAUUUGUAAUGACCUGUUUUAUCCAACUUUUAGAACGCAAAUAACUGUUACCGAUCCAGGAUAGUUUUAGAUAAACCGGCCAAAUUUGCGGACCAGAUUUUACAUCAGCCGAGAAAUUUGCUCAAAGCAAAAGUCCCUAAAUAUAUUGGCCAUACGAUGCUCAUUUUUAAUAGCUUACAAAUUUGGAUAUGGAGGUAUUUCCAAUCAAAUAUGCCGUUAAGAAGACAGGGGCGAAGCCAAAAAAUUUUUGAAGGGGUCAAGAAGUGCUUUAUGCCGACAAAAAGGGCGUGUCUCACUUUUGAAGGGUGUGGUCAAAAGAUAAAUACUCUUAUAUACUGACAGAAUAGUUAAUACCUUACAAUUGUUGAAAAAGGUUCCGUGGUGAGUGCAAAAAUAGCUUCUUUUGCCC